AUGUCCCAUCCUGCUCCCAUCAAUCUGGAGCCUCUUGGUACCUGGAAACGGAAAGCCACUGAGAAAGUUCUCAAUAAUGGUGAUCCUCUGGCCAUGAAGAGAGCAAAGCCGGCACUUACCACACUCGCCUUGAAGACAGCUUUAACAGCCCAAAAGCCACCCACCACCCAGUCUUAUUCAGCUCGUGUUGAAGACAUCGAAGACAGCACUGACUGUUAUCAUUCAGUUCCACCACAAAAUCCGAACUGCAUACUCGAGGCUGUGGACGGCAGUGAUGAUGACACCAUCAUCAUCGAGGACGACUUCGAAGGUCUUCCUACUCUAGAGGAAGUCAACAAGGACAGUGACGAUGAAGAUGAGGAUGAAGACAAAGCUGAGGAAGCCGAGGAGAGUGAAGAGGCUGAACUUGAGCGACUGAAGAAGGACUGGAGCUCACCAGUCUAUGUCUUCUUCAAGACCACACCCUCCAUCGAGUACAUCAACGAGUGCCGCAUCCAUGUCUUUGAGUGUGCUGCUAAGCACUGCUGUGGUCGUAAUGGCCGCCAUGUUCGACGCUACCUCGACACUGGUGAUGCCAAAUCAAUGAGCAACUUAUGCAAGCAUGCAAAAAUAUGCUGGGGUGAUGAGGCUGUCGCGGCUGCAGACAAGACCUGA